GCGCGCGCGCACCAACGCUUCCUCGCCCUGCGUGUGCGUGCGCGGCGGAGGCCAGCCGCGGCACUGUGCGGUUCCGGCGUCGGGGCCCGGCAUGGCGGGGGUCGGGGCCAGGCCGGGCCGGACCCGGACCUAAAUGCCUCUAUUUGUCUCCGCGCUGUUGGUCUUGCUGCUGGUUGCGCUUAGCGCACUCUUCCUAGGCCGGUGGCUUGUGGUCCGGUUGGUCACCAGGUGGUGUCAGCGUAAGUUGCAGGCAGAGCUAAAGAUUGGCUCCUUCCGAUUUUUUUGGAUCCAAAAUGUCAGUCUUAAGUUUCAGCAGCACCAGCAGACGGUGGAAAUUGACAACUUGUGGAUUUCCAGCAAACUCCUUAGCCAUGACCUUCCACACUAUGUGGCAUUGUGCUUUGGAGAAGUACGCAUCAGGACGGACCUACAGAAGGUUUCUAGCCUGUCUGCCCCAUUCUCUCAGAACACAGAGGUGGAGCAAAAGGAACUGUCCCUCAGCCCAUCCUUGUUGAAGAUCUUCUGCCAACUAUUCUCCAUUCACGUAGAUGCCAUUAACAUCAUGGUUCUUAAGGUGGCUACCUCUGAGUCCUUGUGGCACAUCCAGAUCAGUAGAAGCAGAUUUCUUUUGGACAGUGAUGGGAAGAGUCUCAUCUGUAAAGUGAACCUAUCUAAGAUCAAUAGCAAAGUCCUGAAGAGUGGUCAGCUGGAGGAUACAUGCCUAGUAGAGCUCUCACUGGCCCUAGACUUGUGCCUCCAGCUCGGCAUCGGCAGUUGGCAUCUGAAGGCUGUCACUGUGGAUGUGUGGACACUCCAUGCUGAGCUACAUGAAGGUCUCUUCCAUAGUCAACUACUGUGUCAUGCCCCAGGCCGGAUUUCCAAAUCUGUUUCUUGUUCAGAUUUGACUGAGAACUUUGCUGAACCAACUCUGCCUGGCCUACACCUCCUCCAGCAGCUGCCAGACCGAGUCGAGGUGAAGAUGGAAAACACAAGUGUGGUGUUGUCUAUGAACAGUCAGAAACGGCACUUGACUUGGACACUGAAGCUGCUGCAUUUCCUGUAUCACCGUGAUGAGGAUCAACUGCCCCUUCGAAGCUUCACAGCAAACUAUGAUAUGGCACAGAUGAGCACUGAACUCCUGUUAGAAGACGGGUUGUUGCUGUCCCAGAGUCGCCAACGGAUUGUCUGCCUCAACUCCCUCAAGGCUAAUGUGCAGGUAACCACCAUCGACCUGUCAGCUUCUCUAGUUCUGAACACCUGUAUCAUUCACUACCGACACCAGGAAUUCUCUCACUGGCUGCUUAUGCUAGCACUGGAGACCCAAGGUGCUAGUUCUCCUGAUCUUAAACAAAGGAAGAAAGGAACCUUCCCUCAGAUCCUGGCUCCCGUUAUCUUCAGCACCUCAGUCUCCAAUGUUAGCAUUUCCAUUCAGCUUGGAGAUACACCACCUUUUGCUUUGGGGUUCAAUUCCAUCUCCUUGGACUACCAGCACCUCCGGCCACAAAGUAUCCAUCAGCGGGCAGUCCUAACUGUAGAUCAUCUCUGCUGGCGUGUGGGCAGUGACUCCCACAUUCAGCGGGCGCCACAUCCACCUAACAUGCAUGUUUGGGGUGAAGCACUUGUUCUGGACUCCUUCACACUACAGGGAAGUUAUAACCAGCCCCUGGGCUUGUCCAGCACCCAAUCCAAUACUCUCUUUCUUGACUGUACUAUUCGAGGACUUCAGGUAGAAAUAUCAGACAUCUGUGCCCAAUGUCUGUCUCGAAUCCUCUCCUUGGUGAUUCCACAGUCUGAAAAGUCAGCUGUCUCUAGGAAACCUUCACUUGGGGAAUGUGUGACCUUACUGUGGAAAGUAGACUUGAAGGUGGAGGACAUGAACCUGUUCACUCUUUCUGCACUGGUUGGUAAGUGGAACAGGAAGUCUGCUGAAAUUCUUCUUUCAUUAAGGAAGCUUAUUAUCUGGGCAGUGUCUAUGUUAGAGGCAUGAAACGCUAGAAAGGCU